AUUUUAUUCUGUUCUUGUUUUUGCUUUGAAUGCUGUAUGAAGCGGAAUCUAUUACAUCUAUUCGAUCCGAUUAUUAUAAACAAUGAUGUUCUUUUAAAUCCUUGUCACCUGGUCAGGGGCGGACUGACAACUCAUUGGUCCCCCGGGCAAUAGGGGAUCAUGGGGCCCCUGUGUCCUUGCCCACACUCAAAGCACACCCCAAAAAAGCCUAUAAAAGGUACCAGAGGCAUCUCAUGGGGCCCCCUACUGACCCCGGGUCCUCGGGCAGUGCCCGAGUUUCCAAAU